AUGGAAACAUCAUUAGUUUUAUUUUCUCAAUUAAAUAUGUGUGAAUCCAAAGAGAAAACUUUUUUCAGGUUAAUGCAUGGAUCAGGAAAAGAAGAAACAAGCAAAGAAGCCAAAACGAGAGCUAAGGAAAAAAGAACUAGGUUGAGCCUUCUCGCACAGAAAGCGGAGUUUCACACCGACAUCCACUCCGAUAGACCAGGGCACUCGGGCAAAGAAACACGAGUUCUCCUUGAAGAAGCAAAGAAAUGGGGUGAAUCAUUUGACAAACUGCUUUCCCAUAGAGAUGGACUAGAAGCUUUUACCAGAUUUCUUAAAACUGAAUUCAGUGAGGAAAACAUUGAGUUCUGGAAAGCCUGUGAAGAUUUCAAGAAAAUCAAGGAACCUCAACAAAUUACUUGUAAAGCAAAAGCCAUAUUUGAGAAAUUUAUACAGAAUGAUGCUCCACAGGAGGUUAACCUUGAUUUUCACACCAAAGAAGUCAUUUCUAAGAGCAUCACCCACCCCACCCUCCACAGUUUUGAUGCUGCCCAGAGCAGAGUGUAUCAGCUCAUGGAACAAGACAGCUACACACGUUUUCUGAAAUCUGACAUCUAUUUAGACUUGCUGGAAGGAAGACCUCAGAGACCAACAAAUCUUAGGAGACGAUCACGCUCAUUUACCUGCGGUGAAUUUCAAGACGUAAAAUCAGACGUUGCCAUUUGGUUAUAA